CGGUAAUUACCGCGCAAAAAUAAUAUAGUCGGGCCAGAAUGCAGUCUUGGUGAAUUUUAGGUGUGUAUGAGAAUACCCUGCAAUAUCUCAAACGACGCCCAUGGAAUAAACCGAGUUCAACGCCGACAACUUAGAUUAGUAAAGUUAAAAGGUGCCCAACGUAAUAUUAUAUAAUGUAUAGUAGAAUUUGUUUAAAAACCUAAACCGGACAAUGGAAACCAUAGAAGUAUACGCAUGCACUGUAUACCUACUUCAAUUCAAAAUCGCGCGGAAAUAACCGAAAUUAAAAAUAAUUGCAAAAAAGAAACUCGAUAUAAUCGAAAUUAUAUUUAAACGCGAGUAGGAAGCUGGCCAAAAAAAAAAAAAAAAAAGAAAAGAAACCACAACGAACUGUUAUGCAUUCAAAACGCUAGUAUUAGACUACCGAAGACUAUAAUAAUGAUUUCAAAAACCGGCUAAUUGAAUUUAAGACUAAAUAGAAACUGCGAUGUCGACAUUAGUGUUCUGGGGUGUAUCGAGAAAUUCUUGAGGACGUCGCAAAUUUACACGGGAAACCGGAAUGCCAUCGGUUGUUACAAACGUUGUCCGUAACCACACGGCGAUAUUUGUAUAGCGACUUUUGUCAGUAGGUUUCAAAAAUAAACACCAAAGUAUAUUACAUGGAAUGUGCCUUUGUCGUAAAUCUACGUGACAUUUUUGUCGACUGGUAUACCUACCUACUGUUAAAUUGAAAUAGUGUUAGGAACUAUAACGGGACGCGGACGUCGGUAUGUACUCGCACAUAAAAUAUCGCACGCAAUCGAUUUUUAUAUCAGUUUUCAGUAUUCAACGUACACAUUUCUAUUCGUGUUUUUCGUUAAAUCGUACGUUUGAUUUCAUAGAAAACGACAUUAAUAAUAACGUGUGCAGUUUACGUGAGGCCCCGAGGUUGAUGUUUGAAUCUAAUAAAUAACGAAAAGAGUAGAGAAAAACUGGUAUAACACAGGGGUCAUACGUGUAAGCCAGCUCUGUGGAUUUAUGCGAUUCGAAAAAAAAAAACAAAAGUCCAAAGUUAACGUGCGUACAUUUAUCGCGAGAAAAAAGGAUUGGAAAUAAAUAAAUAAGGAUAAAUCCGGAUAGAUUCUAAAGAUGCCAAUUCCGUUUCCAGUUAGUAACCGUUUUUAUUUUAUUUUUAUUUUUUUCGCGAAAAACGUACAAAAACUAAUCACGGACUUAAGUCUAUUCGGUUCGCGUAAAUCGGACAAUUGGACUUUUGGCCAUACCUGUAGAAUAAAGCAUUUCGGGUCCGUGAACGAUUGUGAAAUAGGAUAAUGUAAUCCGUAAUUGUACGCGACGAGGACGCCCGAAUCCUGUGCAAUAACCGCGUCCCCUCCCCGCCGCUAAAGUAGACUGCGCAUACGCACUUUAUUGCAUUCGCGAUAAUAGCCCCAUGCAGCGGGCUGUGUAUCAUAUUGUUAUCUCGAACUCAAAACGAUGCGAGUGUAUACCCGUCACGUCACACUGCAAAGAUGAUAUUAUUUAUAAUCGCUCGAUUAGUGAAAACAAAUCUGUCGCAUAGGAUAUUUUUUUUAAAUUUUUUUUUUUUUUACUAUUCACGCAUACACUACGGGCAAUCGUAUCCGGUUACGCGUUAACGAUAUUACUGUACAUUAUGUACCGAGUGUACAAGUAUACAUAUAAGAGCGUAAAAAUAUGGCCGCACACGGUAUAUUUUAUAUUUCGAAUUGCGUUACUACAGUCGAAUAUAGGUCAUGGGCUUUCGCGUGUGUGCGCGUGCACAGUGCAAUGUAUUGUAUGCCGAUGAUGUAAUUUAGGCAAUAAAUGCGAACGGCUAAACAGCCGCCAUUUUCAGUGUGGCGCCGAACAAUAAAUAAUUUACGGCGCGUUUUAUGAAAGCCGUACAGCGGCAAAAAAAAAUUACAGAUAACUCUCGGGUCUCCGCCCUGCAAAGUAAAGUAAAAACAAACAGAGCUUUGAAGCACACUGUGCCAUGAUCGCAUGCUGUGACGCGUGGCUAAAAAGGUUACAGGUGAGCCGCCGGCGGGCCACGCCAUCGACGCUUCGUAUCGGUCCGAGUCCAGUCUUGUGUAUAAUGAUUUUGUUUUAAAUUCGAACGCAUUAUAGAAACGUGUUCAAAAUAUGUAACCGAACGAGAAUUAACGAAAUAUAUUCAAAUGUAUCGAAAAAUAUUUGAAUAAUUUUCUAAACAUUUUUUUUUCGGCUAGUUUAUGCCAGUUGCAGAACAACAGUUCUGAGAUUACCUUUUUAUCACUCGGUAUUUUAUUGAACAAACCGAUUACUGAUUAUAGUAUAACGAAUCAAAUAUUAUGUCAUUAAUCGGCCAACUAUUAAACGUCGAUUCUGUGACGUCGGAAUAGGGCACUGUUCUCCACCCUCUCCGUUUUAUUUAUGAGGACAAACAUAUCAUUUCGCCACCCCUGCCCAAAUAAUUUAUCUACAGAUAAAACGUUAUACGAAUAACGAAAACAAAUAUUUGAGUUCAUGUUUCAUUAAUAUUAUUUACUAAUCCCUCUGUGAAUAUAAAUAUUUAAUAUUCAAAUUUCAAAUAAACACAAGGUAUUUGAGUUUGUUAUUGCUUUAUAACGCAACUGAUAUUAAGGUUUCGAUUUUCAAGUGUAGUAUCUCUUCUGAAAUCAGACUGUGUUUGGUUGGUGCAUUGAGAAGGUCAUUUUUUUUUUUCUUGUAAUUAUCUUAAUAAUUUGGAUGAACCGGAAGGUUUACAGCAUUGGUGGUUUCAUUAUUUUCGAUUUUGGUUUUUUUGUUUUAAUUCGAUUAAAAACAAUCACAGAGACCAGAAAUUCUCACAAAAUGUUUAUAUUAGCCUUUUUUAAACAUUUUUUUUUUUUUACAUAUUCUGACAAUUUUUUAGUUAUUUAUAGGUAUUUGUCAUUUUCGAAUUUUUUAAAAAAAUAUUUGAUUUGACUUAUUUAUUUAACAUUAUAAAAUAAAUAUAAAACAAAGUAUUGCAAUUUUAAAAGUUAAAAUGCAAAUAAAACUGUUUGGCCGUGUAAUAAAUACUGCGUAAUAAAUACUUGAAUAUUUAAUACUCUGUUUAUCGUAAGCUGUACUAGGUGAAAAACAAAAUAAAAAAAUUAACGUAACUCAGUAUUCCAUGUAGAUAAUACUAAAAUCGCGGCAUUUCAAAACAUGUUUAAUCGAACGUCGUUCAAAAUAAUAUUUCAUUAGCGAUGAUUUGUUGUUGCGUGCAGUUAUAAAAUUAAUUAGGUACUCUAUUUAUCAUCCAUCGGAACGUUCCGUCUAAAACGGUGGCACGCCCAUCGGCAGUAUCAGCUAUUUUUUUUUUUUUCAAAUCGAACAAAGAAUCACAUUUCAUCAAAAAAUUAAAAAUAAUAAUUCAAAAGAUUUCAAUUAAGAGUAUUCGCUACAUUUUAACUGAUUUCAGAUAGAUAUUUCAGUAGGCACCUGUCUGGAGAAACGCCGGAUGUAGGUGAAUUUGUUUGCAAAUUUUGUGGAUCCGUAAUUCGUGUAUCCGUCGCGUGCGACCUUGUUAACGAAUUUGUUUCGCGGCACAACGAAAUACGGAAAAUCUAAUUUCAAUUUCACACUAUAGCGAUGGUGACCGUUUACGACUUGCAAAAAUUCAAUUAAUUUGUUCCUACCGGCGAUGUCGCUUUUGGCGGUUUACAGUCUAACCUUACAUAUAUUACACAUAAUACAGAGUGAUUAUUUUAUCCGUGAUCCGGCGAUUUUCUCGAAAGAUAUUAAGUAAAUUUAUUUCAGUUUAUUCAUUUUUUUUUCUCAUUAUUAUCAUGGAAUCGUUUAACCUAACUCUAUUUGAACACUGUUUUCAUUGAUUUAUCUUUCAUGAGUUUAGAACCUAGUAGCAGCAGUUAAGUAUAACACAUUGAUCAAAAUAAUAGUAAUGGAUCGUGAUAAAAAAAAUCACCUUGUAUUAGGCUGUAUAGUGUAGGUAAUCAACCUGCAGCGGACUGUCAUUAACAAUUUUUGAUUGGACAUAAAAUCGAUUGCAGGUUAUUGUUCCGACAAAUAUAAAUCAGACUGUAUAAUAAUAGACUACAUAUUACAUAGUUAGAAAAGUCACAAUUACGAAUGCUUUGAAAAAAAAAAAUACGAAAAAUUAAAAAAUUGAACUCGCGGAAUAGAAAUAAAAUUACUAUCAAGAUUUUUUUUUUUUUUUUGUAGAGCUUUUAAGACAUAUUAUAUGGUAUUUUUGAAGGACUCUAUAAGAUCAUUAUCGCCUAACCUAUAAAAACGUGAAAAAUUGUAUAGAUAAAUAUUCGCGCGAAUGUGAAAAACGAAUAAAUGAUAUUGUUACCUAAUCAAAAAUCAAAAACUAUUUCGGUAUAAGCUUGCGGAAAAUGGUCAACAUUUUAAAAAUUUGAAAAUAUUACGAUAAUAAUGUGUAAUCAAAAUCGAAUUUGCUCAAAUCAUUGUAAGGUAAUCCUAUUGAUAGCAAUGGUAGCAAUGGCGUACCCAAGAGUAUUUAAGAGGGGGGGGGGGCUAAACAUAAAACAAAUAUAAAUUGUAUAGAAUUAUUCAAGCUAAAUGUACCCAAAUGUCUUACACAAAGCCAUUAUCUUGCGGUUUAUUUUUACAAAAUUGUGUAUUAUUUGCAAUUCGUACUUCAUUGAGUCUAGUAGUGAAAAUUUCCAAUGAUUAUUGUAGCAUAAUGAGUUUCCAACGCUGAAUGGCUUGUAUUAUUCGAAAAAAUUAACACGGGUACUGAACCCUCUCAUAUGGUACGUCUCUGGUUGAUAUAGCGAAUUGUUGAUAAAAUAAUAAGUAAUAAUCCUUUAUUCUCUAUACACAUGUAUAUUAUGAGUAUUGAGUACCUAUACACAUCCUGUUGGGGUUAUAACGACUUGGGCUCGGCACCAGAUGCUCGGGUAUAGGUACCUAACUAUAUUAUAGUGACUGCCGUAAACGUACCCGUCACAGCAGAACCUAUUAAAAAAAAAAAAAAAAUUAAUGCAUCGCUGUGGCAGAAUCGACCGACAUCGGGUUUUAAUAAUAAUUAUAUACGCACAGUGCACACGCGUAUACGUACGAUAUUAAUUUAUGGUGUCUACAAUGAUGCGUAUUUUUGGUAUUAUUAUGCUGUUGUUGUUGUUGUUAUCAUUAUUAUUAUGUUUUUAGUUAGUUUAUUAUUGUGCGACGCGUUCGUCGGAACGGAACGAAUGGCGUGCAACCGGAGCGGCGGCCUGCACACGGUUACCACGGUUACCGGGCCCCGCGGUUCGGCAAAACAAAAAGAAAAUAAAUAGUAAAGCGACAGCGAAGCGUCAGUAAUGUCAGUUAUGUCGACACGAUGUAACAAUAUGUGGUAACCGGCAUAAGUGCGUAUAUUAUAAUAGUUAUUGUAUUCCUAUCCGCAAAAGUCUCUUGCGGUCGGAGAAAUGCAACUUUCCGAGUUCAGGUACACCGCGGUGCUGGUAGUCCAACUAACCCUGCUAGCCGUCGACCUGGUGUUCAACACGUUCAUCCACAGGUACUUGGCCAACACGGGAAUUUCGAUAUUGCUCUUCGUGUAAGUAUACUAUUGUAAUCGCGAGAGAAUUAUCUUUUUUUUUUUUAAAUUGUUAUUCUAUUAAAGAAUUAUCACUAGGCACAUAAACAGUAAAGUGUUUAGGUACGGUGUACCUAUUUGUAGACUAAAAAAAAAAAAUCAAAACACUCCGCGUUUUAAAUGGACCACUAGGUCCGAUAGGUAAUUUAUUACUGUGUGUUUUGUUGGGAUUUCUAGGAUACCUAAUGUUUGUUUAUAAUACAGUGAGUUCCGUUUAUUGUAAUCACACAUUGGUUCAGGCCAUUUUGAUUCUAUUAACCGGCUGAUUCCAUAUAAAACAUUUGGUUUUCUUUUUGAUUAUUCUAUAAUUAUACGUAUAUAUAUACACAUUAAGUAUCUACGGCAAACCAUUGCAAAUUAAAGACGAUUCUGAACAAAGUUCAAUUAAACGUGUUUUGAUAAAUUUAAAUUUAAAAUGUCAGGUAUAUUUAUUUGUAAUAACAAAAUAAAUUUCAUUCGUUUUUCACAUAAUUUUCAUUUAGCCAUUUAAGCACAUACUUCUUUCCAUUUAUCUCUAACCAAUGUCAACGCCUUGCAGUUUUUCAUUGGUAACUUUGUAAGCUUUUCAAAUCUUACUCAAUUUUGUCCAGCCACUGCCGUUUAGAUCCUACUAUUAGUGGCUUGAGCCAUUUUUCUUUGACGUUUCCAACGUAGCCGCGUAGGGUAUUUUUUGCUAUUAAGUUUGAUCUCAUUACAUUACCUAAUCGGUCAAACUAGUGCUGAGCACCAAAUCCAUAUUCAUCCGGAUCACUCCUAAUUGAAACAAACGUUACAACCCGUUUAAUCCGGAUUGGUAUUUUCAAUCCGGAUUAUGAAGAUCUAAAAUAGGUGGUUUAUUUUUAAACGCUGCUUGUAUUGUUAUUUAUUAAAUUCCUACAUAAUAGUACAAUUUACAGUUGAAAUUUGAAAUACGCUUAUUGAUAACGGUGUACAACACCGCGUCGUGCGGCCGGUUCUAUUUAAUUCUUUGAUUAGCUCCAAAAUCCAGAUUAAACCGAUUGAAACCCAAUCGGGAUUAUGAAGUUGUCAUCCGUAUUCCGGAAUUGGUCAAAGUAUUACUCAGCACUAGUUCAAACUCGUAUAGCCUUGGUUAUAUUUGGUUCUCCAUAAGUACUGUACAUUUCGUUUGGUCGUUAUUUAGUGAAAUUUAAUAGGACUUCAUUUUCGUUCUCCUAAAAAUUUUAAACGAAAAAUUGCAUAGUGCCAAUCAAUUAAACGCACCUACAUAUUUAUGUAUUAUUAUGCGCAGACUUCAAGACAUCGGUCAACUGGUCGCCAUAGCAGUGCUCCUAAUAACAUUCUUUCAGACCAACAUAUUUCAGGUAACAUCGUUUAUACAAAAACAUAAUAAUUAUUUAAAAAAUAAAUAAACCUAAUAUAACUAUACAAAUAAAGACAAAAGACAUUUAUCCCGGAGUAUAACUGGAUUCGAUUUUCGAAAUCGUCAUCAGAUAGAGAGAAAUAGGCAUUAGCAAGGCCGUAAAUGGAAACAAAUUUCGGGAGGGGAGGGGUCCAAUAUUUUUUUUUAAUAUAGAUACUGGACAUUUAUGGUUUUUACGUUAAAAGUAUAAAACAUCAAUAAAAUGAUAAACUUUUCAAAUUACUGCUUGAACGAAAAUAUAAAAUUAUUCUUUAUACAAUAUUAUUAUAGCGAAUAAACUGUAUUAACUACCAGGAUUUGUCUACUUUUUAAAAAAAUUCUAGGAGGAUGGGGUCCGGACCGUUGGAUCCCUCGCCAUUUACGGCCGCCUUGAGCAAGGAUAAUAAUAUAAUAGAACAACAAAAACGAAAUAAAUAAUAACAAUACGCGAUUGAAUUCAAAACGAAACGAGGAAUAUCUAUGAGAAAAUACCACCUAUUUGGUACCAUUCUUUUACAUAGAGAAUAAACUUUGUUUAAAGAUGGAAAUUAUUUUUUUUUUUAUGGGAAUGGGGGUAAAAUUGUACAGUGCCCAUUAUAAAGAAACGAAAUGGCAUAUACAUGAGACGUGUUAAUGUAUUUUAUUUUGUUGGGUUAUUUUUAAAACCUUUACAUUUUUAACCCUAGAUAAACUUUUUUGGGACGGGAGAGGAAAGGGAAUUCGACAUACCUCAGAGCACCAAUAUUAAUGUUUGGAUUCUGCGUUUACGAGUUACGACCCAUCUCACGCGUUUCGCUUAGACCUUCCACCUUUGAAUAAUAUAAUACUAUUAUUACCUAUGAUAGCUACACUUUAUAGCUGAUCAAUGUAUUUGCAGGCCGGUUUCAUUGUCUUGCUGUUCAACGAGUUCCGGUCGACCAUCAUCACCGGUGUCGGCUACUUUUUGCUCACUUUAUUCGUACAAGCCUGGACCCUGACCAACCGUUUUAAAGGUCACGUGUAUUUCUAUUGGCCGGACGGCCUUUACAUAUUUUUCGUUCUUCACAAAUUCAGUAAGUCCAAAAUCCAAAUUACAAAACAUUUGGUAAUUUUUAAUUAAAUUGUACCUAUUUAUUUUAUAAGUAAGGCAGAUAGGAACUUAAUUAACUAAAAGUAAGCGAAUAAUACGUUUAAUAACUGUUUAGAAAAAAUGAUAUAUUAGUUCACAACAAUAAUAAUAAGUUGCAGGUAAAAAAACUCAUCACGCAAAAUAUCAAUUACUGCAUGUGCAUGGGUAUAAUACAACAGUAAUCAAAUUAAAUUCGCCAAUUCACGUAUAAUGUAUAAAACCUACCUGCAUACUACAUAAUUUUAUCAUAUCAAUAAUGGCUAUGCUUUACAUUGAUACUUGUCUACGGUGUUACCCAACGAUAUAAAAGAACUCGGAAGCUCUGUAGUCUUCGCUCUUCAAAUGUAAUUACCUAUUAAUAUAAAUGCAUUUUUUGUAAAACGAAAAAAAAAUACUAUAAAAGGUUUUCCGGCAUAUUCAGACUGUUAUAGUGUUUUACAACGCGUUUUAAAAGUAGGAAGGCAUUAACAAAAAAACGAUCAAUUUCAUACAAAAAACACAGAAUAAAACUAAUACUACUAAUGGUCGUGCCUGUACUGUUGUAAUAGAGCAGUUGGGAAGGUAGGAUAUCUACAUACACAUUUAUUAAAUUUGUAUCUAUACGCAACGAAAAAUCGCAUUAUUAAAGAAAUACGAGUCUGAGCGAAGUACGAUUUUGACAUUUGUUUACGAUUUUUUGUCAAAAUUUUAAUUUUAAUAUAUAUAUAAAAAAAACUACUACAGUUACAAUUUUUUUUAAGUUACGAUUCCGGUGGUUUCCUAGGUAGGGUCGUUUACCUACUUCACUGGCCGCCCCUGUCUUAGAUGGGUGCAUUCUACUUCCGUCCCAAGUAUAAAAUUUGAAUUUAAGGAUAUACUAGUUCUGUCCCGAGUUUUUAAAAUGGUUAUACUAAUUCCGUCUCAUGUUAUUUAUUUAGUUAUACGAGUUCCAUUCCAUUUUGCAUUUUCUACACUACAUUAAUCUAGCAUACAAUUUACGACUAAAUAAUCGAAUUUAUAUACAUAAAUACUUUAAUGUUAUUUGAAUUUUGUCUGUAUUUUAAAAUUGAUAAGAAUAAUGUCAAUGUAAAUUAUUUUUUUAGAUCAUAUAAAUUUAAUCCAAUAAAAAAAUGUUAUUUAAGAAAAUCUAUACUACGUUUGAUUUUUUUUUGUUUAUGUAUUUUACAUUAAUAAGAACAUUUUUAAUCUGGACUGAAUUGGUUUAAAAAGAGGUUAUUGGGACGGAAAUCGGAUGCAGCCGUCUAGAUAGCAUGAGCCUUUCGUGACACUGGAUAUAAGUACCGUCAUGGAUUUAUUCGCGGCAUGAAACUUAUAGGUGCUAAUUUUCGUGUAACGGCGAGUGUAGGUACUGCCCGACCGAGGUUGUACCGGCGGGAGUUCGAAACUACGGGUUCGUCUCUCCGCGUGGUGAAUCAGGAAUUUUUCGCGCUCCGACCUUUUCGGGUUGCAUCGCGGUAUGUCCUCGGUUUGCUCAGGAUUUAAACGGGCUUACGAGUUCCGUUAGGUAGGUAUUGGUCAAUAAGCAGGAGGCUUACCCACCUGACAGCGGAUGAACUGUGAGCAGACGGCCAAACGAAUUGGGGAAUGGUUGCUGGGGCCACUCUUUGAUGCAUCGAAUGCAUCCAGGGUUUGCCCUUUGUCCCCGCUGACUCUUGACUUGCACUCAGUGCUAAUAGGUUUGGCGGUGGUAUCUUAACCUAAGGGUUUAAGGAUUAAAAUCAAGGGUGCCACUGCUUAAUAUUCGCAAAGAAAUUAAUGUAAUACCAAAAGAUGUUUUAGAUCUUUUCAUACAACAACCUAGGUGGUUAAAGUUUUCCCUACAAUAAUAUACAAACUAAAUUAAUACAUUAUACCUAAAUUAUUUUUCUUUAUUUUGUAAUAUUUUAACUGUUACAAAUUUUUUUAUAAAUUGUAAAUUAAAUUAUAUUUUGAAAUUUGUCAUGUUGGAAAAAUUCGAGUUAUAGUUUAUUUGAAGGCCUAACAUCAAACCAUAAAUAUUAUGUUUACAAAAUUAAAAUGAAAAAUGUUGAGCCCUCCUAAAAAUUCUAUACCGGCCACUGGCUCAAAGCUCUACUUAUGCACAUUCUAAAUAACAAAUAUAGUGUCCCGGUGGUACAUAAAAAAAAUGUAAACAAAUCUUUAAUAAUUAUUCAAUUUAAUACAAUAUUCAAGUACAACCAAUUAUCUUGGUAACAAAAAUUAAUAUUUUAUAAUUUAUAAUUUGAUCGCAUUUUGAUACCGAUUGUAUCAUUAAAAAUAUCUGUAACAAAUAUUUAAAUAUAUAAUGCAAUUUGUUAUGUUUUGAUUACAGCAUCGUGUUUGCACUAUUACUUGUACAAAAGAACGGCUCUAAGUAUAUCAGAUCCUAAGUUUUAUACAGAUGAAUGGAUUAACAAUCGUAUAAAUCAAGAAUCAGAUCAUCAAAGAUCUAAAUAUUAAUCAAAGUGAACUUAUGUUAGAGACAAACAGAUGAGAAUUGCAAGUGUAAUAUUUGCCAAGGCGGAUGGAACAGGAUCAAAAAAUAAAUAAUUUUAUGUAAACAUAAAAUGUCCGCUUGAGACAAUUGGCAAUUAAUCAAAAUUACACAAAAACCGUAUUCACAUAAUAUAACAUAUUGAUAAUUAUAAAUUAUUUUUAUUGAAGCUAAUGCCAAAAGAGAGGAUAUUAUCUCUAAAAGCGUAACUAUGAACUGUGGAAAUAAAUAUUCACAGCUAAUGCAAUUUUUAUUAAAACACAUAUAAUUAAAUAAAUAAUUCAGAAUUUUAAACAAGUCACAAUAUCUAUAAAUACAAUACUUUGAUCUCGAUUUUAAUUAAAUUUGUUUUUUUUUCAUUUGGUCACCAUCGUAGAUUGGUACUAAAUCCAAUUAGCGUUCAUGAAAUAAGUUAUAGUAAUUUAGCUCUUUAGCUGUGCUAAUAAAAUAUAAUUUGUAAAAAAUAAAAAUAAAAGUACUCAACCCUCAAAACUAAAAUAAAAAACUGAGUGUUAAAUAGUUAAAAAAAAAAAUGUAAGUAUAAAAUAAAUUACAUGAACUUCACCAAACUUUUGAAUAAUUUACAAUAAAUAAUAUUUUGUCAAAUUCUAGACAGAAAAAGACCUACCUUUAAAAUUUGGAAAAUAAGUGCAUAUACAUAAUAUAUACAUGUAUCAAUUAUAUGAUUUAAGUUUAAAAAAAAAAAAAUAUAAUAAUAAUAAUAAUAAAACAAAAUUAUUCACUGUCUUUUGAUAUUUUAUUAAAGUAAAAAUCACUGACUAAAGAAAAGUGAUCAGAUGGAUAGGACAUUGACGGUACUCUAUUCUCACCGAUAUCUCGUUCUAUUGGCAUGUUUAAUAAGCUACUGACAGUCAAUUUAUUUUUAGAGUAGAACAUGUAGUCAAUGGUGUGCAUAACUUCCCCUUCACCUCCUCGAAUUUUCCAAGAAGUGUAAGGUGGUUCCAAACCAGACACCUUGUAUGCACUAUCCAGUGGUAAAUCUGGACAACUACACAUUGUACUAUAAACCGGUUCUGUGGGUUCAGCGUUAAAAUCGCCACAGAUAAUUGUUGGACGAUCACCCGCAUAAGAAGAUAUAAAUUGUAGUAGAUCUUUCCCUUGUUCAUUUCGCAAAGUGGAUAACAAUGCUCCUUUCCGAGCUUUAAGAUGAGUCGUAGUAACACAUAACUCUUGUCCCGUACACUUGUCUUUGAGUAUUAAUAAUAAAGUUACCUAUAGAAAAAUUACAGAAUACAAAUAUAAUAACAUGAAAACAUUUAUUUUCUCACUUAACUGUAGUUUACCUGAUUGCUGUGCACUGUCCAUACUUGUAAAAUUUUAUCGUGCUUUUCCAAUAAAUCAAACCUAUUAUUCUUGUAAAAAAUUGCACAUCCGUCGGGACCGUUAUUGUCUUUUAUGUAUACACAUGGCGAAUCUGGUUUAGGUACGAAUAAACCGCUAUAUGAUUGUGUUGCUAAAGCUCUGCUAAGAAAAUCAAAAUGAUCGACUUCCUAUAAAAUAAUGAUAAAAUAUAAUCAAAAUAUUUUAAAAAUGUAUUAAUUUUUUAUUUUUACCUGUAAACAAAUAACAUCAGGGUUAUGUCUUACGAUUUCUUCAAGCAUAUGACACCGCCUUCGUUUCCAUUCUAAAGCUUCUAACGGACAACAGUCAAAUUUAUCGUUAUUUUGUCCCAAUGCUUACAUGAAAAUAAUAAUAUUACUGUUAUUGUUACUAUGGCAAAAUGAUUAGCUAAAUUAAUAUUAAUA